CGCUAAAUCCUUUUUGACGUCAUCCGUUUAAAUCGGAUUUUUCAGCCAAUAGCCGUUGCGAUGCACAACCUCAAAUCUGUUUUCAUUUCGACCCUAGUUUGUGGCGGUUUUGGAGAAUUUCAUGCUACAUAAUAGAGGGCUUCGACGCGCAGUAACUUCCUGUAAUUUGAAAUAAUGUGGAACCUACCUUAAUAUUCAGGACUAACAUAUCUCCAGCUUGUAAUAAAGAUGUCGACCGGACCGACACACAAGUACCGCUAUAAAAAUGUAGGAUUGGACUCUCAGGAACUACGUCGUCGCAGAGAAGAAGAAGGUGUGCAAUUACGGAAACAGAAGCGUGAACAGCAGUUGUCUAAACGACGUAAUGUUCCUGCUAUUGUUACCGAUGAAGAGAAUGUAUCUACGACAGAUGAAUGUACAGUUCCAGCAACCCAUACGCAACAACCAGUAAUAACCCCGGAGAUGGUACAGACUCUGUAUAGUACCAAUGUAGAUGAACAAUUAAUUGCAACGCAAAAGUUCAGAAAGCUAUUGUCAAGAGAACCAAAUCCACCUAUAGAUGAAGUUAUACAAACUGGAAUAAUUCCCAGAUUUGUAGAAUUUCUGGAAAAUGAUAAGAACUCCACCCUACAGUUUGAGGCAGCAUGGGCACUGACGAAUAUUGCCAGUGGUACGUCCCAACAGACCCGAAAGGUGAUAGAAGCAGGAGCAGUGCCAACUUUUAUAAAACUCUUAUGUUCCGAAUAUGAGGAUGUACAGGAACAAGCUGUAUGGGCUUUAGGCAAUAUUGCUGGUGACAGUCCAGAAUGUAGGGAUCAUGUUUUAGUCAAUGGUAUUUUAACUCCUCUGUUACAGCUUCUUUCAAAAACCACUCGUCUUUCAAUGACACGUAAUGCUGUGUGGGCAUUAUCGAAUUUAUGCCGUGGGAAGAAUCCUGCCCCUGCAUUUUCCAAAGUAGCACCUUGUUUGCCAGUUCUUGCUCACCUUCUCAACCAUCUAGAUUUUGACGUACUCGCCGAUGCUUGCUGGGCGCUUUCUUAUCUCAGUGAUGGUCCAAAUGACAAGAUUCAGGCAGUCAUUGACGCAGGAGUUUGCCGACGCCUAGUGGAGCUUCUAAUGCACGAUGAGUACAAUGUAGUGAGUGCAGCACUAAGAGCAGUAGGCAAUAUCGUUACUGGCGACGAUUUGCAAACUCAAGUUGUGCUGAAUUGUUCAGCAUUGCAAUGUCUGUUACACCUACUAGGAUCUGCUCGAGAAAGCAUUCGCAAGGAAGCUUGUUGGACAGUGUCGAACAUCACGGCUGGCAACCCCCAUCAAAUUCAGGCAGUGAUCGAUGCUAACAUAUUCCCUACGUUGAUUGAUAUUCUCGGCAAGGCGGAGUUUAAGACCCGUAAAGAGGCAGCAUGGGCAAUUACGAACGCGACAAGUGGUGGUGUACCGGAUCAGAUUCGGUACUUGGCUCUUCAGGGCUGCAUUUCACCCUUGUGCGAUCUCUUGACGGUCAUGGACACGAAGAUCGUUCAAGUUGCAUUGAACGGUCUUGAGAAUAUACUGCGCCUUGGCGAGCAAGAUGCCAUUUUGCAUAAUGGAAUUAACUCGUACGCAGUUUCUAUCGAAGAAUGCUAUGGCCUAGAUAAGAUAGAAUUUCUGCAAUCUCACCAAAAUAUGGAAAUCUAUCAAAAGGCUUACGACAUAAUCGAGCGUUACUUCGGCUCCGAAGAAGACGAUGCCAAAAUCGUUCCACCGGUCGACUCGCACGAACAGCAAUUCGAAUUCGCAGCGGCUGACUCCUCUCAGUUGCCGGUUCAAGGCUUCCAGUUCUAAUAGAGACGCUCCUCGAUACACAUGAGCUGUGUCAAGACGUACCCUCGUUUCAUUUAACUGAGUUUGCAGCUACCUGUUUUAGAGAGCCAACAUGAUAGCUCUGAAAUCGAUGAAGAAACGUGCAAGCUAUGUGUUUCCUAAAUUGAGCACGUUUGCGAACCCUACUUCGGGACCCGUCCCUCCUUUAAAGAAAAAAAAGCUUCGACGACUACCCAAAGCAUGCUUUUUUGCGCCCAACGAAUCAAGCAGUGAUCAGCACUCAUCCGUAGUGGUUUUAAUAUCGUUUUUAUUUUUCACUGUUUUAGAGCAGGCGCUACGAUAUUAUUAUUAUAUAGGUUACAAUGAUAAAGCUCUAAUUUUAAACACGUGUCAAAUUUAAUAACGCUUAUCUCGACGCUUCGACAUUAUCACUUGGUUACGGUCUCCAACGAGGUGUAAUAUACCUGCACGUAUAUAGCAAGAGGUAUUUAGUUUAUCGGAAGCAACAGGCGAGGAAAACCACCCCCUAGUGCUUAGGUAGAAGCUGUUAAGUGCGGAAAAAUGAAUUAUCCAGCAUCCGGAGGCGGAGACACGUCUCGAUCGACGCUCGACUGACUUGGAAUUACAGGAACUUGCACGCAACUUGCGAGGACACCAAACGACUGAAGUACGCGACUACGUAGUCAACACGGACAACUUUACGCUACGCGGUACUCCAUACAACACUAGAUAGGAACACGACCAAUUAAAAACUUUUUUACUGUAAAUACGUAUCUCGUAAUUUAAAGACCGUUCUAUACAGAGUGCCCUUAACGGGCGAACAGCAGUUUGAUUAGGCUGCGAGCAAUAUCGGAUUACACGGUUUUUUUUUUUCUUUGGCCAAUCGAAUUUUCGGAUGUAAUCGAUGAGUCGCAGAGUCACCUCUAAAUUGGCAUUGCUUGACAUUUCAACCAACGUUCCUUCGUGAACGCCUUCGAAAUUGUUCGAAUUUUGUUAAUACUAGCGAUGGAAAUUACAUCACGCUUCUAAGUACCUCAUGAUUGUAAAUCAGUUAGAGAAUCAUCCCGAGGCACUGUCAAGACAUAAGUUACUUUACAGCUGGAUGGAAUUUAAUUCCACUGAGUUCCACGAUGGCAUAUAAUGUACAGCGGUCGGAAUUUCGGACAUUCUGUAUAAAAGGUCUGUGACUGUAUAAAAUGUAUUUAUUAUUUAGGUUCGACGAUACCAUACUAUAUUAUAUGAGCUCUAUAUAUACGAUCUAUCUUUAGUUACCGACUUCUACUAUCGAGACGGAGAAGGACUAUGUUAUCAAAUCACUCGAUAGCUGUUGUUUUGCUAAAAUUACCUCUUUGACAUAUUAACACAGCUAAGAAGCGCCCGUUGCCAAUUUAUAAGCCUCUUGCGAAAAACUGGCUCGAAACUUAGCUUAGGUACUGUACGAGUUUGUACUUUUUUAGGGUCCACGAAAUUAUGCCUAUUCCAUGUUAUGGUUUGUAAAUUUUUUCUGCAUGCGUUUGAUGAUGUAAUCCGAUGAUAUGUUUCUGGAUUUUCGAUACGUAAACCAGAAGAUUCGGUUUUUCUUGGGGCGAAAUAUAAAAGAUGCUCAGUUUAUUUUAAGCAGCCAACAUCUGGGUAGGUUUUAUAGCGUGUAGGUAUUGUUAUUAUAAAUUGGCAAUGCGGUAUGCAUAUGUGAUGCGCGACACGAUCUUGUAACGAUACGAGGACUGCCGACUGCUACGCCACAACGCCGAUAUAAUGAUCGAUUGAACAUACACACGGAACGUUGAUCUUAAAUUCGUUCGUUGUAUUUCGUAUUGACUACCAGUAACGUUGUAGGCCAUGACAGGGAACGCAAACAUCGGCAACCUUUCGAUCGUUUCAAUGUUAAUCGAACACUCACUCGUAACCUGUGGAGAGAAAUUCAUGGAAUCCACCAUGCGAUUUGAUUUUCACACUCAUGGCUUCCGCGUUAUCUGAACAAUGUAAAUGAUACGGAGAUAUUCUUUUGUGUAUGAUCAAUUUUGGCAUAAAGAAAAUAAAGUUUAGUAAUAUCUGCGAGU